AUGUAUGCCGUGUUGCUGAAUCAGAAGAGUUCUUGGCAAUAUGUCGUUCUCUGUUUAGCUUCGCACAUUGAGUUCAUGUCCGACUGUGUGGGAUACGCAUCGGUGGUCAUUGCAUUUUGGCUCAACAUAUGGUACAUCGUCCCAUUGGCUUGGGCUCUGUUCUAUCUAUUUAAUUCGUUCAAAAGCGUUCUACCUUGGUCCAACUGCCGCAAUUCGUGGAACACCCUCCAUUGUCAGUCGGAAUACGAACGACAGUUUCUUCCUUACAAUUGUUCCAAUUCUUCACAUUGGAGAGAGGUGGUACCCAUUAAAACUUUCAACGUCACCUACCUCUUGUCUAAUUAUUCACACAUGAAUUGCUCCCGUGAAUAUGACUGGAGUUCGUUCACAUCACCAGUUCGCGAAUAUUGGGAACAUCGUGCCCUACAAAUCACUGGAGGAAUCACAGAAGUCGGUGGUAUGCGUUGGGAAUUGGCCGCCACCCUCCUACUGACUUGGAUUCUUUGCUAUUUCUGUAUUUGGCGUGGAGUCAAGUGGACUGGAAAGGUUGUCUAUUUUACAGCUCUAUUUCCCUAUUUUCUUCUCUUUAUUCUGCUGAUACGUGGCCUAACGCUGCCAGGUGCUAUUGAUGGCAUCAAAUAUUACAUUUAUCCAGACAUUAGUCGAUUGCAAGAUUCUCAGUCCACCAUUGUAUUCCAUACCAACUGUUUUUUGUUUUCUUUCAGAGACGCCAUCAUUAUAUCUUUCCUCAACAGUGCCACCAGUUUAUUCUCAGGAUUUGUUAUUUUCUCAGUUAUUGGUUUUAUGGCCUACGAACAGAAGCAACCAGUCAGCAAAGUGGCUGAGUCAGGUCCAGGCUUAGCAUUUCUAGCCUACCCAUCUGCUGUUGUCCAACUGCCAGUCUCGCCAUUAUGGGCUGUGCUCUUUUUUCUUAUGAUUUUAUUCCUUGGUAUGGAUAGCCAGUUCUGUACAAUGGAGGGAUUCUUCACAGCACUAAUAGACGAAUUCCCGGAACAUUUACGUCCAAAACGUGAAAAGUUCAUCGCCGCUGUGUGCUUUGUAUCAUUCUUGAUAGGUUUAACCAUGGUUACUCAGGGAGGCAUCUACGUUUUCCAGAUUUUUGAACAUUAUUCUGCCAGUGGAAUCUGCCUGCUGCUCUUCAUCUUCUUUGAAUGUAUUGCAAUAUCGUGGUCAUACGGAAUCAACCGUUUCUAUGACAACAUGAGAGAUAUGAUUGGUUACCAUCCACAUUUUAUUUGGAAAAUUACUUGGGUUGUAACUGUUCCAGUGAUAUGUAUUGGUGUAUUCAUCUUUACGCUUUUCAAACAUGUACCAGUAAAAUAUAUGACGUAUGAGUUUCCAAUGUGGGCUCAUAUGAUUGGUGUUCUUAUGAUCCUCUCUUCUAUCCUGGUUAUCCCAGGCUAUGCCGUGUACAUCUUUCUAGUUACCCCUGGAAAUAUCCGAACAAGAAUCAAAUUGCUUUUCCGGCCAGACAUUAACAUUCGUGAAGGUUUCAACGACAAUCCUCCGCCAUAUUCUUCCGUCUCUAAUGCUAACGUUAAUCCUGAACCAACACCACUGUGAGGCUCCCUUCGAUUGGCCAACAAAACUUAAGUGACCUCACCACCGACUGGCCGUGCCAUAUAUAGGAUCUGCUGCUUUAUUGCCUAACAAGACAUAUCGUCAUUAAUCCUCAAUCUUGUUUUAAAUGAUGAAGGCGAAUGGUUCAAUUAAUCAGCAGUCAUUGAAAACAAAAACAAAACAAAAUUAUGGAUAUCUUCACAAAAAAAAAAACGAAAAACAAAUUUCAAAAGCAACAAAAGAAAUAUAUAUUUAACUUUAGAAAAAAAAAAUUGCAGAAUCUCAGUGCUAGGUUUGUUUUCCCAUUUAAGAAAUGUCAUUAGAGAUCCUUCAAUGUUAACUUGUAAAAUUAAACACAAACAUUACUUGAAGAGAAAUGCGGAAAAAAAGUUUGAUUUUUAAAAAUAUAUUUGUAUGUAUAUAAUUCUUGAACCUA